UUUCCAAAUACUCAAGAUAUUAGAUAAAUUUACGCAAUUAUGCCAUUAUCUUUUGCAUCCCGCAGGCGGCGGCGUGGUGGCGUGCCUUGGUAAUCACCGAGCACGUAUAAAUCGGAAUACAAUCCGACGGCUGAAGUACACAUUCGCGAUCCAACUCCACCGCUCCAGCCCCGAUUCGCUCCGCGAUUCGAACCACUGCAUGUCCCCAUACGCGCGCCGUUCGUCCUUGCAGAAACCCUAGAGCCACAACGAAGAAAAGGAAUUCUGCAAGGAAGGUUCUGUUUAUGAAAGGAAGAGCUAAAAUUUGCUCUUUUGGUUGACUAUUUUAAAGUUGAGGAGCCAGACAUUUCUAUUUGAUCUUGCUGGCUAUCAUUUUGUGAGUUCUUCUGUAUUGGAUUAUUUGUACCUGUGCACAGUAUGCCUGCUAUACGGAGAUUAUACAAAGCAUGUAAAGGAUCUCUCUCUGCAAAUGGUCCUGUAUCAGCAGAAGCAAUCGAAAACAUUUGUUCUAUAUUAGAUGAGAUAAAGCCUACAAAUGUCGGCCUAGAACAAGAAGCUCAGGUAGUUCGGAAUUGGAGAGGCCCAAAUUCUUCAAAUGGGAGCAACCAGUAUUCGUCUCCAAUAAAAUACUUGCAUAUCCAUGAAUGCGACAGCUUCUCUAUUGGAAUAUUUUGUAUGCCGCCUUCUUCUAUAAUACCCCUCCAUAACCAUCCGGGGAUGAUUGUGUUGAGCAAGCUUCUUUAUGGCACUGUGCAUGUGACAUCCUAUGACUGGAUUGAUAUAGGUGGACCCUUCGAUCCAUCGAAAGCAAGACCAGCCAAACUUGUUAAAGAUGCAGAAAUGUCAGCCCCCUGUGGCACAACAGUACUCUAUCCUUCAAGCGGUGGCAACCUCCAUUCUUUCAGAGCAGUAACUCCUUGUGCUCUAUUUGACAUUCUAACCCCCCCUUAUUCAUCAGAAGAUGGAAGACACUGCUCAUAUUUCAAGAAAUCAUUCAGUCAAGAUGAUACAGGGGAAAUUAUUGAUGGAGAAUUACUGAAUGGAAUAGAUGACUCUGAAGUAGCUUGGCUGGAAGAGUAUCAGCCCCCUGAUAGCUUUGUUAUAAGGAGAGGGUUAUAUAAAGGCCCUGCCAUAAAAAUUUAAUGGUUGCGUCUAUAUCUAGCUGGUAGUAUAGGGCUGCAUAUGAUUUUUGUGAAUAGUUUUGGUAAUAAUUUCUGCUAUCAAGAUGUAAUUCACCAUUUAUUCCACACAUUUUUAUGGGAAUUUCUGUAUUUUUUUUUCUA